CUCCGUACGGAGGUUACCCCGCGAAAAUAUACUUUCCCUUCACACUGCAUCGCUCUAGUUGGAACGGUAAUUGGAAGGGGAGUAUCUCAUGGUGGUACUUACAGAUUGCUCGAACUCCUACGAGCCAUCAUGUCUUCAUUGUCCUGCUCGAAACCCCACUAUCGAGCCCCUUAGCCAUAACUCCGGUGAAGAUUAAGGUUAACUGGAUCUGGCAGAACCCCAACUCUACCAUCAUGUCCGCAGACUCGACCUAUGCAUAUAUACCGCCCCUCGACGAUCCAGCUCAAGAUCCCGUUCCUGCCACAGUGCCGCGACUCCCGAAUUCUGCUUACGAAGGUUUAGGGAGCUGCAUCCAUUGCCGCCGACGGAAGGUGAAAUGCGAUAAGAAGACACCAUGUGCCAACUGCGUACGACUGGGCUUCCAGUGUGAACUCGCACCACGCAAACGAGCUCCGAGGCGACCUAGGAAAGAGGGAAAUGGAGAGAUUCAAAGUGCGAGAGAGGCCGAGCUCCUACAACGUUUAAAUGCGCUGGAAGGGGUAGUGAAGUCGUUGGGCGGACGAGCCAAAACCGAGAGCUCCAGAUCUCAAGCAGAUGCUGGCAUCUCUGACAUUACAAGAAGUGCAAGUUUGAAGCAUGGAUCCGAUACUGGCAAGCAUCAGGAGGACAAGCUCGAAAAGGAUUUUGGUAUAUUGAUGCUUUCAGACGAAGGGCAGAGUCGAUAUGUCAGCCGUAAUUUCUUUGCCCGUCUUACAGAAGAGGUGGACGAUAUCCGUCAGUUGGUGUAUGAAGGCUCCCCGGAGGACGAGGAAACGGAAUCACCUGGGACUGCCUCUUCUGUGGUCGAGGACGAACACCAAGGCUAUGUGUUCGGAUAUAGCUCGUCAGCCAUCAAUUUGAGAGACCUUCAUCCUCUUCCGUCACAACUUCCCUUGUACCUGAAGUUGUAUGCUCAAAAGAUCGAUCCUGUCGUUAAGAUGUUUCACAUUCCGUCUCUGGAGAAACUUGUGGAGGAAGCUGUGGGUAGUUUGGACAACAUUAGUCGCAGCAAAGAAGCUUUACUGUUCGGCUUGUACUUUUCAGUUAUUAUAAGUAUGUCUCCAUUAGAAGUCAAGACAACUUUCGGUCUUGACAGAGCUGUAGCGAUGAAUCGCUUUUGCUUCGGUACUGAACAAGCUCUUGCUCGGGCUGGGUUUCUCGAUACAUCUGAUCCCAUGACACUUCAAGCUUUCGUGCUGUAUCUGACCGUACUCCGAAUCAAAGAAGAUACUCGUAAAGGUUGGACAUUGACUCGAGCAGCAAUCGGCAUUGGGCAGUCACUCGGUCUCCACCGUGAUGGUACAGCAUUUGAUUUGCCUCCAUUUGAGGUCGAAAUGCGACGUCGCUUAUGGUGGCAGCUUUUUAUCCUCGACUUCAGGCUGUCAGAAAAACAUGGAACAGAGCCAAGUAUAUCGGAAGGGUCAUUCGAUACCAAGCGGCCCUUGAAUAUAAACGACGCCGACAUCUCUCCUGGCGAUACAGAUUUCCCCGAACCUAGAGUUGGUCUCACUGAAAUGACUAUAACACUCAUUGGAUAUGAGAUAGCUUUCGCUGCUCCUAAUCUUCUCAAGUCACCAAAAGAAAGCGGUAUUAGCGUUGCGGAAAAAGAGGAACGUAUCAAACAGUACCGACAGCUUCUCGAAGAACGGUAUAUCAAGCACUGCACCGAGUUGACCCCAAUUGCAUGGAUAGCUUCUAUCUUGCCCAGACUGGUCAUUGCCAAGGUGGAGACUAUCUUUCUCCUUCCAUACACUCGAUCUAUGAGCAUGGAUACUGGAUCAAAAGAACUGAGCGACAAGAUGUUUGUCACAAGCAUUGAGGUUGUGGAGCUUCGACGAAUGCUCGAGGCUGAGACAACCAAACACUGGCAUUGGUACCUGGGCACCAUCAUCCAGUGGCAUUCCAUUGCAUAUCUGCUGAGUGAACUAUGCGUUCGUGAGCCAGAUGAUAAUGUAGCUCGUGCCUGGAACGUUUUGGACCUGAUCUUCAAGGAUUGGAGAAGUUUACAACAGCAUGGAGCACCUGCUAUUCUCCAGACGCCGAUGAAGAAGCUGAUAGCAAGGGCAAGGCAUAAGCGAGCACUCGAUCUUGAAGCUGCGAGAGCCGCUGAGGCCACGAGACUGAAAACCCCGUUACCAGAAGCUGGAGGCCGAUCUCAAUACUUUGAUAAUGUCGACCAGCAGUUCUUGGCUCCAACCACACUGGUCGAGCCGAUGACCAAUAUUAGUACCACGUAUCCAGAGGUUACAGCUCCGCAAUCCUAUCCAGAUGAAUGGGUGCAGCAACAGGUCGCCAACAAUAUUCCGACACCUUGGCUGCUUGAAGAUACAGCGCUACAAGAUCUGGGAUUCAAUCAGGCAGAGAUCGGUCCCGAUAUGGACUGGGAACUGAAUAACUGGAUAGAGGAUUUCACACCGCCUUACAGCGUAUACGCAUAUCAAUCUCUCGGUGGGUGGUAACGUAAUUCUAGAACGACUUUUCCAUAUCCCUUGCAUGCUUGAUUUCUGUCCCUUCAUAAGUAUCCCUCAUCGGUGCAAAAUCUGGGUGUUCCUCUCUCAUCGUCUUUGUAAAUGCGUCGUGACUACCCUCCUCCACCCACCCAGUAACAAAAACAUG